AUGGAGGACGACGACGUGCCGGAGGCUGAUAAAAGAUACGAUUUCAUAGAGGACUACGUGUUAAAAACUCUGAAGCUGAAAGGCGAUCGAUGGCAAAAAUGCAUUUCAGUGGAGGAGCAAAAACAAGUAAUACAGGACUUAUUGGACAAAUCGGAAACCAUUACACUUGUCGUUUCCUUGAACGCAGCUGGGCAAUUGGCUCCAAGUUUAAGCUUCCCAGCAACUACUAAAAACAAAGCGGUUUACUUUGUGAAACGGACGAAAAGUGCUCUGACUGUUGACACAAUGAAGAGCAAUUUAUUCUACGGAGACUUGUCUUACGUUCCACUUGAACAAUUCUCUGCGCUGGUCGAAGAAGUUGUUGUCCCUGUGCUGUCCAACAGCAGAAACCACAACCAGUGGCCUCAUGUGGUGUCUCAGGAUAUAAUGCGACACAUCCACUCCCUGAAGAACAAUGUGUUUGUGGUGGCCGGACAGGUGAAAGGGAAAACUCUCCUUCCCUUACCACUGGGGUCUGAGAGAGUGGAGCAGGCAGUUUUAGAACGGGACAAGAGGGGGAGCACAGUGCAUAAGGGCAUCAUCCAUUCCAUAGAGACAGUAGUGAUCGAAUGGAGUCACCAGAUUCGGGAGGUGCUCAAGAGAGACUCCUCUGAGCCCCUAAAGGAGGGCAAAAGCCCUACUCCCUAUGAGGAGAUCCAGUUCUGGAGGAACAGAUACGCUGACCUGGAAUGCAUUCAAAGCCAGUUCAAGUCUUCUAAAGUGGCUAAAAUGGUGGAGCUUCUGGACACAAUGGAGAGCAGCUAUUACCCUGCAUUUAAAAACAUGUUUCAAGAUGUUUCUACAGCCCUGGAAGAGGCUAGAGACAUCAACAUCCACCUGAAGCCUCUUGAGCGACUUUUCGAGGACAUUGGGAAUGUGGAGUUCGGUGAGGUCAAAUGUCAGAUCGCUCCACUGAUGCACAUGGUGUGCCUCGUCUGGGCAAACUCUCAGUACUACAACACACCGGCCAGAGUCAUUGUUCUGCUGCAAGAGACGUGUAACCUUCUCAUCCAGCAGGCCCAGAGCUACUUGAACCCCGAGGACAUUCUGAAAGGAGACGUGGCGGAGAGCCUCCUACGUGCCCAGACCACCCUGGAUAUUCUGCUCCACUAUAAGCAGACGUUCGAGGACUGCAGGGGCAGCCUGAGCCAGUACCAGAGAGGUGGGAAGGAGGUUAAGCCAUGGGACUUCCACCCCAUCAUGGUGUUCGCUGGGAUGGAUCGCUUCAUCGACAGACUGAGGACCAUCGAGAAAUUGUUGCUGACGGCUGUUGAUAUGAUGAAGUUGGAGAAGAUCGAGUUUGGAGGCAUCCGCGGCAAAGCCCUCAGCCAGCAGGUCCAGUGGUUGCAUGAGGAGUUUAUGGAGAGGUUCAAAGUUCUGGUGGAAAAGCCGUACGACAGCCUUGACGUCAACAACCAGGAGUUUGAAACUGAUGUAACCGAAUUCCAGCGCAAGGUUGAAGACACAGAUCGCCGUCUAGGUGCCAUCUUCUCCCAAGCAUUUGAUGAUGCCUCUGGCUUAGAGCAUGCCUUUAAGGUGCUGGAUAUGUUUGGCAGCCUGUUGGAAAGGCCUCUGAUUGCUGCUGAUGCCCACGAAAAGUACCCGCUCCUCAUUCGCAUGUACGACCGCGAGCUCGACUGCUGCAAACUGCUCUUCAGAAAACAGACCCAGAUGGUGGAGAAAAUGGGUUACUGUCCGGUCAGCAAGAACAUGCCAGUGGUGUCCGGAGGACUGCAGUGGGCACGGCAGCUGCAGGAGCGUAUCCAAGUCCCGUUUAAUAACUUCAGAUACAUCACGCACCCAUGUAUGGAGUCAGCCGAAGGACACAGAAUGAUCCAGAAGCACGAUGAACUCCUGCAGCUGCUGAAAAGGUACUGCACGCAGCUGUAUGACCAGUGGACAGAGUCCGUGGGGGAGAAUUCUCAGUACAACCUCAACCAGCCGCUCAUCUGCCGAGACCAGGCCACCAGGCUCAUCAGCGUUAACUUCAACCCUCAGCUGGUGUCCGUCCUGCGAGAGGUGAAGUACCUGGAGGCCCGGCAGGCCGAGGUGAUCCCGGACAUGGCCGCCGACGUCUACUCCGGCAAGGAGCUCUUCUGGCAGUACGUGGCCAACAUGGAGCUGACGGCCGGCUGGUACAACAAGGUGACGCGCUCGGUGCUGGAGGUGGAGUUCCCGCUGAUCCGGAGUCAGCUGCGGGAGAUCGAUGUGCAGCUGAGGGAGGCAGAGGAGUCCAUGAACUGGAACAGCAAGGGCAUCUGGGAGUACAUCCAGAGGGUCCGCGAUGCCGUGCGUGAGCUGGAGAACAGCUUGCAGAGGACCAAAGACCACGUGGAGCAGAUCCAGGGCGUGAUGAAGACCUGGGGGACGCCCAUCUUUGAGAGGAGAGAGGGCAAGAAGGACAGCCUCCUGAACCUGGAGGACCGCGCCGAGCGGCUGGAGAAAUGCUACGCACACAUACGAGACUCGGGGGUCAAAAUCCACGCCCUGGUCCAGAAAAAUCUGGAGCUAUUUAAGGCCGACCCUGUCUCGCCAGAAUGGAGGGCCUAUGUGGACUACAUCGAUGAAAUGGUGAUCGACGGAUUUUUCAACAGUAUCGAAAGCUCCCUCAAGUUCCUCCUGGACAACACUGACCAAAGAGCUGGACUGGCUCCGCUGUUCGAGGCCCAGUUGGACCUCCAGCCGCCCGACAUGGUCUUCCGUCCCUCCCUGGAGUUUGGCGCGGUGGACGGUUUCUACGACCUGGUGGAGGGCCUCAUCAACGACGUGUACCGCAUCGCCUCCCUCGUGCCUCGCCUGGCCGAGCACGGCGUCUUCCCGCAUUACCAGGCGGAUAUGGAGGACAUGGCCGACCUGGCGGACAUGCGUCAGCUCCUCACUGAGCGCGUGCAGGCGGUGGCCGGCCGCUGCUGCGAGCUGCGCGACGCCCACGAGCGCUUCGCCUACCUCUACGUGGACGACCGCCGGGAGUUCCUGCGCCAGUUCCUGCUCUACGGCCACGCGCUCACCGGCGAGGAGAUCGAGGCGCACGCCGAGGACGGCGUGCCCGAGUCGCCGCCCGCGCUGGCCGGCUUCCGCGAGCAGGUGGACGCGUACGAGCGCGUCCACGGCGAGGUGCUGCAGCUGGAGGCCGUGCAUGUGGUCCACGGCUGGAUGCGGCUGGACGCGCGGGCCUUCAAGAGCGCCCUGCUCAACACGGUCAAGAAGUGGAGCCUCAUGUUCAAACAGCACCUCAUUGACCACGUCACAAACAGUCUGUCUGACCUGGAGGACUUCAUUCAAGUCACAAAGGCUGGGCUGGGCACGAGCGUGGCAGAGGGCGACUACGGUGGCCUGGUGGAGGUCAUGGGUCACCUGCUGGCGGUGAAGGAGAGGCAGAGCAGCACGGACGAGAUGUUCGAGCCACUGCAGCACACCAUCGACCUGCUCAAGACCUACGAACAGGAGCUGCCAGAGGUGGUCUACAAGCAGCUUGAGGAGCUGCCGGAGAAGUGGACCAACCUGAAGAAGGAGGCCGUAGUGGUCAAGCAGCACGUGGCUCCCUUGCAGGCCACCGAGGUGGCGUGUCUGCGUCGCAAGUGCACCUCGUUUGAUGUGGAGCAGCACGCCUUCAGAGAGGACUUCCGCAAGAAUGGACCUUUCAGAUUUGACUCGGAGAAUCCGUAUCAGAUGUUGAACACGGCCCACACGCAGAUCCUGGAGAAGGAGACCACCAUGGCUACUCUGGUGGCGUCCGCCGGCCUCUUCGAGGUCAACAUCUCGGACUACAAGCAGCUGCGGCAGUGCCGCCGCGAGGUGGUCCUGCUCAAGGAGCUGUGGGACCUGGCGUCGGUGGUCCAGUCCAGCCUGGACGCCUGGCGGACCACGCGCUGGCGCGACAUCGACGUGGACGCCAUGGACCUGGAGUGCAAGCGGCUGAGCAAGGAGCUGCGGGCGCUGGACAAGGAGGCGCGCGCCUGGGACGCCUUCCUGGGCCUGGACGCCACGCUGAAGAACACGCUGACCUCGCUGCGGGCGGUGGCCGAGCUCCAGAACCCGGCCAUCCGCCCGCGCCACUGGCACCAGCUGACGGCGGCCACCGGCGCCCGCUUCGCCAUGGGCGAGGGCACCACGCUGGCCGACCUGCUGCGGCUGGAGCUGCACCGCGUGGAGGACGAGGUGCGCGGCAUCGUGGACCGCGCCGUCAAGGAGAUGGCCAUGGAGAAGGUGCUGAGCGAGCUGGACGCCACCUGGACGGGCCUGGCGCUGGCCUACGAGGCGCACGGCCGCACGGGCGUGCCGCUGGUGCGCUCGGACGAGGAGCUGAUCGAGACGCUGGAGGACAACCAGGUGCAGCUGCAGAACAUGCUCUCGUCCAAGCACAUCGCCCACUUCCUGGAGGAGGUGUCGUCCUGGCAGCGCCGGCUCUCCACCGCCGACGCGGUCAUCUCCAUCUGGUUCGAGGUGCAGAGGGCCUGGUCACACCUGGAGAGCAUCUUCAUCGGCUCCGAGGACAUCCGCUCGCAGCUGCCCGAGGACUCCGAUCGCUUCGAGGGCAUCGACGCCGAUUUCAAACAACUGGCGUACGAGACUCACAAAACUCCGAAUAUCAUCGAAGCCACCAACAAGCCGGGACUCUACAACAAGCUGGAGGACAUUCAGAGCAGGCUGGCCUUGUGUGAGAAGGCUCUGGCAGAGUACCUGGACACCAAGCGGCUGGCCUUCCCUCGCUUCUACUUCAUCUCGUCCGCUGACCUGCUGGACAUCCUCUCCAACGGCACAGACCCCCACCAGGUCCAAAGGCACCUGUCCAAGCUGUUUGAUAACGUUGCCAAGCUGAAGUUUGACUCGGGCGCCGAGGGGAAGCCCUCCAAGACGGCGCUGGGAAUGUUCAGCAAGGAGGAGGAGUGCGUGCCUUUCAGCCAGCCGUGCGACUGCACCGGCCAGGUGGAGGCGUGGCUGAACCGCGUGCUGGACACCAUGCGCGCCACCGUGCGCCACGAGAUGACGGAGGCGGUGGUGGCCUACGAGGAUAAGCCGAGGGAGCAGUGGCUGUUUGACUACCCCGCUCAGGUGGCGCUCACCUGCACCCAGAUCUGGUGGACCAUGGACGUGGGCAUGGCGUUCGGCCGCCUCGAGGAGGGCUACGAGAACGCCAUGAAGGAGUACUACAAGAAGCAGGUGGGCCAGCUCAACGCCCUCAUCGCUCUCCUCAUCGGUCAGCUGACGCCCGGCGACCGUCAGAAGGUCAUGACCAUCUGCACCAUCGACGUCCACGCCAGGGACGUGGUGGCCAAGAUCAUCGCUCAGAAGGUAGACAACUCCCAGGCCUUUGUGUGGCUGUCCCAGCUGAGGCACCGAUGGGACGACCGGGAGAAGCACUGCUACGCCAACAUCUGCGACGCCCAGUUCCUCUACUCCUACGAGUACCUCGGCAACACGCCUCGUCUGGUCAUCACCCCGCUGACAGACCGAUGCUACAUCACCCUGACCCAGUCUCUCCACCUCACCAUGAGUGGAGCCCCAGCUGGGCCUGCUGGCACUGGCAAGACCGAGACCACCAAGGACCUCGGCCGGGCGCUCGGCAUCAUGGUCUAUGUAUUCAACUGCUCCGAGCAAAUGGACUACAAGGUCAAAAGCAUCCAGGACGCCAUCAGGGACAAGAAGAAGCGCUUCAACUUCAUGGGGGAGGAGGUGAACCUGUUCCCCUCCGUGGGGAUCUUCAUCACCAUGAACCCCGGCUACGCGGGGAGAACCGAGCUGCCCGAGAACCUCAAGGCCCUGUUUCGGCCGUGUGCCAUGGUGGUGCCGGACUUCGAGCUCAUCUGUGAGAUCAUGCUGGUGGCCGAGGGGUUCGUGGAGGCGCGCCUGCUGGCCAGGAAAUUCAUCACGCUGUACCAGCUCUGCAAGGAGCUGCUGUCCAAACAGGACCACUAUGAUUGGGGUCUGAGAGCCAUCAAGUCCGUCCUGGUGGUCGCCGGCUCGCUCAAGCGGGGCGACCCUGGCCGCGCCGAGGACCAGGUGCUCAUGCGGGCGCUGCGAGACUUCAACGUGCCCAAGAUUGUGACGGACGACAUGCCGGUCUUCAUGGGCCUCAUCGUCGACCUGUUCCCAGCGCUCGACGUCCCACGCAAGCGAGACCUGGAUUUUGAGAAGUUUGUGAAGCAGUCUGUGUUGGAUCUCAAGCUGCAGGCUGAGGACAACUUUGUACUGAAGGUGGUGCAGCUCGAGGAGCUUCUGGCGGUGCGCCACUCGGUGUUCGUGGUGGGCAACGCUGGCACGGGCAAGUCGCAGGUGUUGAGGUCCCUGAACAAGACCUACCACAACAUGAAGCGCCGGCCCGUCUGGGCGGACCUCAACCCCAAAGCUGUCACCAACGACGAGCUGUUUGGCAUCAUCAACCCGGCCACUCGGGAAUGGAAGGACGGCCUUUUCUCUAAUAUAAUGCGUGAACUGGCCAAUAUCACCCACAACGGACCGAAGUGGAUUGUGCUGGAUGGAGAUAUCGAUCCGAUGUGGAUUGAGUCUUUGAACACAGUCAUGGAUGAUAACAAGGUCCUGACUCUGGCCAGUAAUGAGCGCAUUCCUCUCAACCCCACCAUGAGACUGGUGUUUGAGAUCAGUCAUCUCCGCACGGCCACCCCCGCCACAGUCUCCCGGGCCGGCAUCUUGUAUAUCAACCCUGCCGAUUUGGGGUGGAAUCCCCCCGUGUCCAGCUGGAUUGACAGUAGAGAAGUCCAAUCAGAGAAGGCCAACUUGACUAUUCUGUUUGAUAAGUACCUUCCUCCGUGCCUGGAGACCCUCAGAUCAAGGUUUAAGAAGAUCAUCCCCAUCCCGGAGCAGAGCUUGGUCCAGAUGCUGUGCUACCUUCUGGAGUGUCUGCUCACCCCAGAGCACACGCCGCCCGAUUGCCCCAAGGAGCUGUACGAACUCUACUUUGCCUUCGCCGCCAUCUGGGCCUUCGGGGGAGCCAUGUUCCAGGACCAGCUGGUGGACUACAGAGUGGAGUUCAGCAAAUGGUGGGUGACUGAAUUCAAGACCAUAAAGUUCCCCUCUCAAGGCACCGUGUUCGACUAUUACAUCGACCCAGACAGCAAGAAAUUUGAGCCAUGGUCCAAAAUGGUUCCCAAGUUUGAGAUGGACCCCGACAUUCCACUGCAGGCCUGCUUGGUGCCCACUUCGGAGACCGUCCGCGUGCGCUACUUCAUGGACCGGCUGCUGGAGAGGCGACGGCCCGUCAUGCUGGUGGGCAACGCGGGCACGGGCAAGUCCGUCCUGGUGGGCGACAAGCUGAGCUCCCUCGACUCGGACAAAUACGUCAUCAAGAACGUGCCCUUCAACUACUACACCACAUCUGCCAUGCUGCAGGCGGUUCUGGAGAAGCCUUUGGAGAAGAAGGCUGGGAGGAACUAUGGCCCCCCCGGCAGCAAGCGGCUUAUCUACUUCAUCGACGACAUGAACAUGCCCGAGGUGGACGCCUACGGAACUGUGCAGCCGCACACUCUCAUCCGCCAGCACAUGGACUACAAUCACUGGUAUGACAGGAGUAAGCUGCAGCUGAAGGAGGUGCACAGCGUCCAGUACAUGGCCUGCAUGAACCCGACAGCUGGCAGCUUUACCAUCAACCCACGCCUGCAGAGGCACUUCUCGGUGUUUGCCCUGUGCUUCCCCGGCGCGGACGCGCUGCACACCAUCUACUGCAGCAUCCUGAGCGCUCACCUGCGCGGGGACGGCUUUGGCCCGGCGCUGCAGAGGGCCGCCCCGCAGGUGGUGCAGCUGGCCCUGGGCCUCCACCAGCGCGUGGCCUCCGCCUUCCUGCCCACCGCCAUCAAGUUCCACUACAUCUUCAACCUGCGCGACCUCUCCAACAUAUUCCAGGGCAUCCUGUUUUGCACCAGCGAGUGCCUGAAGACCCCACAAGACCUGGUGAAGAUUUACCUGCACGAGUCCAACCGGGUCUACCGAGACAAGAUGGUGGAGGACAGGGACUUCGCCGCCUUCGACAAGUUGCAGGCCGACACGGCCCGGAAGUUUUACGAGGACAUGGAGGAGGCUCUGGAGGAGGCCCGGCUGAUGAACAUGUUCUGCCAUUUCGCCUCGGGCGUCGGCGAGCCCAAGUACAUGGCCGUGCAGUCCUGGGGGAGCCUGAACAAAAUCCUGCUGGAGGCCCUGGACGGCUACAACGAAGUCAACGCCGCGCUCAACCUGGUGCUCUUCGAGGACGCAAUGUGCCACAUCUGUCGUAUCAACCGCAUCUUGGAGUCGCCCCGGGGGAACGCGCUGCUGGUCGGGGUGGGCGGCAGCGGCAAGCAGAGCCUGACGCGACUGGCUGCCUUCAUCAGCUCCCUGGAGGUCUUCCAGAUCACACUCAAGAAGGGCUACAGCAUCCCUGACCUCAAGAGUGAUUUGGGGGCGCUCUACGUCAAAGCGGGCGUGAAGAAUGUCGGCAUCGUGUUCCUCAUGACGGAUGCCCAGGUUGCAGAUGAGAAAUUCCUCGUCCUGUUGAAUGACCUGUUGGCAUCGGGUGAGAUCCCUGACCUGUUCCCUGACGACGAGGUGGAGAACAUCGUCAGCAGUGUGCGGAACGAGGUGCGAGGCCAGGGGCUGAUGGACACCAGGGAGAACUGUUGGAAGUUCUUCAUCGACCGCGUCCGCAGACGGCUGAAGGUGGCCCUGUGCUUCUCCCCUGUGGGCAGCACGUUGAGGGUGCGCAGCAGGAAGUUCCCGGCCAUGGUCAACUGCACAGCCAUCGACUGGUUCCACGAGUGGCCACAGGAGGCCCUGGAGUCGGUCAGCCUGCGCUUCCUCCAGGAGGUGGACAACAUCGAGCCGGAAGUGAAGGAAUCCGUGAGCAAGUUCAUGGCUUACGUCCACGUCAGCGUGAACCAGACGUCCAGGACCUACCUGGCCAACGAGCGCCGCUACAACUACACCACGCCCAAGUCCUUCCUGGAGCAGAUCAAGCUCUACCGCAGCCUCCUGGCCCUCAAGAGCAGAGACCUGACCAACAAGAUGGAGCGGCUGGAGAACGGCCUGCAGAAGCUCAACAGCACCUCAGCUCAGGUGGACGACCUGAAGGCCAAGCUGGCGGCCCAGGAGGUGGAGCUGAAGCUGAAGAACGAGGACGCGGACAAGCUCAUCCAGGUGGUGGGCGUGGAGACGGAGAAGGUGACGCGCGAGAAGGCGGUGGCCGACGAGGAGGAGCGCAAGGUGGCCGUCAUCGCCGUGGAGGUGAGCCGCACGCAGCGCGACUGCGAGGAGGACCUGGCCAAGGCCGAGCCCGCCCUGGUGGCCGCCCAGGAGGCCCUCAACACCCUCAACAAGAACAAUCUGACGGAGCUGAAGUCCUUCGGCUCGCCGGUGGUGGCGGUCACCAACGUGACGGCCGCCGUCAUGGUCCUGAUGGCGCCGGGCGGCCGCGUGCCCAAGGACCGGAGCUGGAAGGCCGCCAAGGUGAUGAUGGCCAAGGUGGACGCCUUCCUGGACUCGCUGGUCCACUUCGACAAGGAGAACGUCCACGAGAGCUGCCUGAAGGCCAUCCAGCCGUACCUGCAGGACCCCGAGUUCCGGCCCGAGCUGGUGGCGUCCAAGUCCAACGCGGCCGCCGGCCUCUGCUCGUGGGUCAUCAACAUCGUGCGCUUCUACCAGGUGUACUGCGAGGUGGAGCCCAAGCGGCAGGCGCUGAGCAAGGCCAACGCCGAGCUGGCCACCGCCCAGGAGAAGCUGACCACCAUCAAGGCCAAGAUCAACCACCUUAAUGAGAACUUGGCGAAGCUGACGGCUAAGUUUGAGAAAGCUACGGCAGACAAACUCAAGUGCCAACAGGAGGCCGAGUCCACGGCGCGCACCAUCUCCCUCGCCAACCGCCUGGUGGGAGGGCUGGCCUCGGAGAACGUGCGCUGGGCGGACGCGGUGAGCAGCUUCAGGCUGCAGGGGCGCACGCUGUGCGGCGACGUGCUGCUCAUCACCGCCUUCGUCUCCUACCUGGGCUACUUCACCAAGCGCUACCGCCUGCAGCUGAUGGACCAAGCCUGGAGGCCCUACCUCAGCCAGCUCAAGGUGCCAAUCCCUGUGACCCCUGACCUGGACCCUCUGACGAUGCUGACAGACGACGCCGACAUCGCCACCUGGCAGAACGAGGGCCUGCCGGCGGACCGCAUGUCGACGGAGAACGCCACCAUCCUGACCAGCUGCGAGCGCUGGCCGCUCAUGGUGGACCCGCAGCUCCAGGGCAUCAAGUGGAUCAAGACCAAAUACGGGGAGGACCUGCGCGUCAUCCGCAUCGGACAGAGAGGUUACUUGGACUCCAUCGAGAGGGCGCUGGCUGAAGGUGAGGUAGUUCUGAUUGAGAACCUGGAGGAGGCCGUGGAUCCCGUUCUUGGGCCUCUACUCGGCCGGGAAACAAUCAAAAAGGGCAGGUACAUCAAAAUCGGAGACAAGGAGUGCGAGUACAACCCCAGCUUCCGGCUCAUCCUCCACACCAAGUUGGCCAACCCGCACUACCAGCCGGAGCUGCAGGCCCAGUGCACCCUGGUCAACUUCACCGUCACGCGCGACGGCCUGGAGGACCAGCUGCUGGCCUCCGUGGUCAGCAUGGAGCGGCCGGACCUGGAGGAGUUGAAGUCCAACCUCACGAAGCAGCAGAACGGAUUCAAGAUCACGCUGAAGACGCUGGAGGACAGCCUUCUGUCUCGGCUGUCUUCGGCUUCUGGAAACUUCCUCGGGGAUACGGAGCUGGUGGAAAACCUGGAGAUAACCAAACGGACCGCGGCAGAAAUUGAAGAGAAGGUGAAGGAGGCCAAGGUGACGGAGGUGCAAAUCAAUGAGGCCCGGGAGCACUACAGGCUGGCCGCCGCCAGGGCUUCUCUGCUCUACUUCAUAAUGAACGACCUCAAUAAGAUCCACCCCAUGUACCAGUUCUCUCUCAAGGCCUUCAGCGUGGUGUUCCAGAAGGCCGUACUGAAGGCCACGGCCGACGAGGUGCUGAAGCAGCGGGUCUCCAACCUGAUCGACAGCAUCACCUUCUCCGUGUACCAGUACACCACGCGAGGGCUGUUCGAGUGCGACAAACUCACCUACAUUGCCCAGCUGGUGUUCCAGAUUCUGCUAAUGAAUAAAGAGAUCAAUCCCACCGAGCUGGACUUCUUGUUACGAUACCCUGUGCAGCCCGGGGUGUCUUCCCCUGUUGACUUCUUGUCCAAUCACUCGUGGGGUGGAAUUAAGGCUCUGUGCGCCAUGGAGGAGUUCCGGAACCUGGACCGGGACAUCGAGGGCUCGGCCAAGCGCUGGAAGAAGCUGGUGGAGUCGGAAUGUCCGGAGAAGGAGAAGUUCCCACAGGAGUGGAAGAACAAGACAGCCCUGCAGAGGCUGUGUAUGAUGAGGGCUCUCAGGCCGGACAGGAUGACCUACGCCGUGAGGGACUUUGUGGAGGAGAAGCUGGGCAGCAAGUACGUGGUGGGCCGAUCCUUGGACUUUGCCGUCUCCUUUGAAGAAUCUGGGGCGGCCACUCCUAUGUUCUUCAUCCUCUCUCCUGGCGUGGACCCUCUCAAAGACGUGGAGAAACACGGGCGUAAGCUGGGCUACACCUUCGACAAUAAGAACUUCCACAACGUGUCUCUGGGCCAGGGCCAGGAGGUGGUAGCGGAGCAGGCACUAGACCUCGCUGCUCGUGAGGGACACUGGGUCAUCUUGCAGAACAUCCACCUGGUGGCCAAGUGGCUGGGCACCCUGGAGAAGACGCUGGAGCAGCACGGCGAGAGCAGCCACCCGGAGCUGCGCGUCUUCAUCAGCGCCGAGUCGCCCGCCAGCCCCGCCGGCCACAUCAUCCCGCAGGGCAUCCUGGAGAACUCCAUCAAGAUCACCAACGAGCCGCCCAUGGGCAUGCUCGCCAACCUGCACAAGGCGCUCGACAACUUCAACCAGGACACGCUGGAGAUGUGCGCGCGCGAGAACGAGUUCAAGAGCAUCCUGUUCGCGCUGUGCUACUUCCACGCCGUGGUGGCCGAGCGCCGCAAGUUCGGGCCGCAGGGCUGGAACCGCAGCUACCCCUUCAACACGGGCGACCUGACCAUCUCCGUCAACGUGCUCUACAACUACCUGGAGGCCAACGCCAAGGUGCCCUACGACGACCUGCGCUAUCUGUUCGGGGAGAUCAUGUAUGGGGGCCACAUCACAGACGACUGGGACCGGCGGCUCUGCCGCUCCUAUCUGGAGGAGUUCAUCAAGCCGGAGAUGAUGGAGGGGGAGCACUGCCUGGCCCCGGGCUUCCUGAUCCCCGGGAACAUGGACUAUAACGGCUACCACCAGUACAUCGACGAGGCCCUCCCUGCAGAGUCUCCCUACUUGUACGGCCUCCACCCGAACGCGGAGAUCGGCUACCUGACGCAGACGUCGGAGAAGCUCUUCCGCACCGUGCUGGAGAUGCAGCCGCGCGACGGAGGUGCUGGGGAGGGUGGAGGCUCCACGCGGGAGGAGAAGGUGAGAGCCCUUCUGGACGAGAUCAUGGAGAAGCUUCCGGACGAGUUCAACAUGGCGGAGCUGCUGGCCAAGGCGGAGGAGCGCACGCCGUACGUGGUGGUGGCCCUGCAGGAGUGCGAGCGCAUGAACCUCCUCACGCUGGAGAUGAAGCACUCCCUCAAAGAGCUCGGCCUCGGCCUCAAGGGGGAGCUUACCAUGACGAGCGACAUGGAGAGCCUGCAGAACGCGCUGUACCUGGAUCAGGUGCCCGAGUCGUGGACGCGGCGCGCGUACCCGUCCAACCUGGGCCUGGCGCUGUGGUUCACCGACCUGCUCGGCCGCAUCCGCGAGCUGGAGAGCUGGACGUCGGACUUCCUGCUGCCCUCGGCCGUGUGGCUGGCGGGCUUCUUCAACCCGCAGUCCUUCCUGACGGCCAUCAUGCAGUCCAUGGCGCGGCGCAACGAGUGGCCGCUGGACAAGAUGGGCCUGCAGUGCGACGUGACCAAGAAGAGCCGCGAGGACUUCGCCGCGCCGCCCCGGGAGGGGGCCUACGUCUACGGGCUCUUCAUGGAGGGGGCGCGCUGGGACACGCAGGCUGGCAUAAUGGUGGACGCCCGGCUGAAAGAGCUGACCCCGGCUGUGCCCGUCAUCUUCAUAAAGGCCAUCCCCGUGGACAAGCAGGACACGCGGAACGUCUACCAAUGCCCGGUGUACAAGACCCGACAGCGAGGGCCGACCUACGUGUGGACUUUCAACCUGAAGACCAAAGAGAACCCCUCCAAAUGGACACUGGCUGGAGUGGCGUUACUGUUGCAGAUUUAGUGGUCUAGUCGGACAACUGCAAAAAGAGUACCGCACGCACAUCCAAAAACAUAAAAAAAGAUAAAAAGAUAAAAAAAAAACUGGGUGCUGGGCAGACAAGCAAAUGUUAAGAGAACAAGAAGUCUGCACACCAGAAAAUGCUCCUCAGAUUUUUGAAUGGCAAAUCACCACGUGUAACGUUUCGGGCCCUAGACCUUCAUGAGACACUAAUCGGACAACUGCACACAGCAAUCAUGUUUCACAAAUGAUUUCAAUAAAUGAUUCUGUUACAACUUAUAAAUAGGCUAUGGUAUGGGUGAUUUGGGGUGCAAAAUACUUUUUUUUGCUUCAUACUUUAACACUUUAUUUCACAUUUUAUUUCAAUCAUAAAAAUU